ACGUUCCUCCACUCCCAAGUCCCAACCCACCAUGCCACAGCUCUAAAGUUUUCAAAAGCCAUUAAAAGCCUGACCGGAGCAGAGGAAGAAAGAAAUAAACACAGAAUAUCUUCAUGGAGACGCUUCCGUUCACCAUUAGCGAUUCAGAAAGCUAUGCCUUUUAGAGAGUGACACAAAGGAAGGAAGAGAGAGGGAGAUGCUCUAGGGCAAGUUUUUUGAUGAUUUCAGUAAGUUAUAACCAGUUGCAGAGAAUUUCCAACUGCAACAACAUCAACGGAGAGAAUAUCCAGCUCUCGAGAGUUCUCUAUUCUGUGCUCUUCUUUCUAUUUUUCUUCUAGGUUUUGGAAAGUUUGAGUGAGGGUUUUGAUUCAAGAACCAGUCAAUAGCGACCGCGGAGGGGGAUUCGAGCUCUUUUGAGUUCUGUUCUCCUUUUCUUCUAAGGAGUUAUGAAGUUCGAGCUGCUAUUGUAAGUUCUUAAGGGUUUUCCUAAUCUUUGUGGCCACUGUGCAGCGAUUUCGAGACAGCUUUAGUGUUUGUGACGGUGCCUUUUUUUUUUGUUUGUCUGAAGACAUUCUGGAUUUGAUGUUUUGUUUGUUAGUUAGCUAAAGUAAAUGAAUUGGGAAGGAAAUAAGGUGAAGUCUUUAAGAGGUAAGUGGAAUUCGGUUGGAAUGGCAGUGGAUUCCUGUGGUCUGUGGAAGAGUUCCCUUUCUGGUCUGGAUAGUUGAUUUUGUGUCUCGGAGGAUUAAUCCUCGUUUGAUGCUUGAAGGGCGGUGAUGAUUUCAGGCAAAUUUUCCUGCAAGUUUCUGUGGCUGAGCCAUAGGGGCAUACAGGUGUUGGAGUAGGAGGAUUAGUUAAAUGAAGUGCUUGGGAGUGGUUUGAGAGUGCAGAAUGAGUUGUGGGGAGGAAAGCAAAGAAGGUGGAGAUGAAGGGGAACUUAUGCAGACGGCUAGGGAUAAUUCUGUCGAGAUUAAUGGUCACUCUGAGAAGCAGUCAGUCAUUACGAAUGGAUUGCUUUCGACAUCAGAGUUCCAGAUUGAUGAGAAGCUGCUGAUAGACCCAAAAUUACUAUAUGUUGGGUCUAAAAUCGGAGAGGGAGCCCAUGGGAAAGUUUAUGAAGGAAGAUAUUGCGAUCAAAUUGUUGCUGUCAAAGUUCUCAAUAGUGGAAAUACCCCAGAAGAAACAGCUAAACUUGAAGGCCGUUUUAUCCGUGAAGUUACAAUGAUGUCUAGAGUAAAACAUGAGAGCCUUGUCAAGUUCAUUGGAGCUUGUAAGGAUCCUUUAAUGGUGAUAGCUACAGAGCUGUUGCCAGGAAUGUCACUUCGGAAGUAUUUGUUCAAUAUCCGUCCAAAACUAUUAGAUCUUCGUGUAGCAAUAGGUUUUGCCCUUGAUAUUGCUCGAGCCAUGGAUUGUCUACAUGCCAAUGGGAUUAUUCACAGAGAUAUUAAGCCUGACAAUUUGUUACUUACGGAGAAUCAGAAGUCUGUCAAACUUGCGGAUUUUGGUCUUGCAAGAGAAGAAUCUGUGACUGAGAUGAUGACUGCAGAAACAGGAACCUACCGUUGGAUGGCUCCUGAGUUAUACAGCACCGUGACUUUGCGUCAGGGAGAGAAGAAGCAUUACAACAACAAGGUUGAUGUCUAUAGCUUUGGAAUUGUCUUAUGGGAGUUAUUGACCAACAGAAUGCCAUUUGAAGGCAUGUCGAACUUGCAGGCUGCUUACGCUGCUGCUUUUAAGCAGGUGAGGCCGACUUUGCCUGAGGACUUACCUCCUGAUCUUGCAUUUAUCAUACAAUCAUGUUGGGUUGAGGACUCUAAUGUACGGCCCAGCUUCAGCCAGAUCAUUCGCAUGCUAAAUGCAUUCCUUUUCACGCUCACACCUCCAAUGCUGGAAUCAGACGCCCCCACGGUGGCAGCACCAAGUCAUGAUGCUGUGAUCACAGAUUCCUCUGUACGUGCAAGAGGGAAGUUUUCUUUCCUUCGCCAACUUUUCGCAGCAAGAAGAACAAGGAACAUGCAUUGAAGGGGUGAAUUUUGGUUGAUUUUGACCAAAGAAGUCCCUCCAUGUUUGGUAUAUAUUCUUUUCUUAAUUGGUGAUUAAUUGCCCGAAUCAUGGCGACUUGCAAGGAUGAGAAAACUGGAUGGAAAUGCUGUUUGCAUUAGUAGGGAGCCACAAAUAGAAGUGGAUUGUAGAAAAAAAAAAGUAGGGAGGAAAAUUGUUAAUCCCUUUUGUCUUCCCUCAUGAUAGUACAUGCUUGUAGUGAUUGGAUCAUGUUUAUACCAUUGAUUGAUCCCAAAAUGCCUGUCGUAAAGCAAUUUGUUUUGCUUAAUUUAAGUUUGUAUGGUUCUGUACUAAAUAUUACUGACCUACCCUAUCUAUAUAGGGAUGACAUCGGAUUGCUGUUGAACAUUCUUAAUUGAACUGCUAAAGCCAAUGGUUAAUCAGGUUGAGUAA